AUGAAACAUGCUAAAAUCAAUGAUAAAGCCUGGAAAUCAAAUGUUGGAUUUACUGUUGCGCUAGUAAAUCCAAGAAGAAUGAAACAUGCUAAAAUCAGUGAUAAAGCCUGGAAAUCAAAUGUUGGAUUUACUGUUGCGCUAGUAAAUCCAAGAAGAAUGAAACAUGCUAAAAUCAAUGAUAAAGCCUGGAAAUCAAAUGUUGGAUUUACUGUUGCGCUAGUAAAUCCAAGAAGAAUGAAACAUGCUAAAAUCAAUGAUAAAGCCUGGAAAUCAAAUGUUGGAUUUACUGUUGCGCUAGUAAAUCCAAGAAGAAUGAAACAUGCUAAAAUCAGUGAUAAAGCCUGGAAAUCAAAUGUUGGAUUUACUGUUGCGCUAGUAAAUCCAAGAAGAAUGAAACAUGCUAAAAUCAAUGAUAAAGCCUGGAAAUCAAAUGUUGGAUUUACUGUUGCGCUAGUAAAUCCAAGAAGAAUGAAACAUGCUAAAAUCAAUGAUAAAGCCUGGAAAUCAAAUGUUGGAUUUACUGUUGCGCUAGUAAAUCCAAGAAGAAUGAAACAUGCUAAAAUCAAUGAUAAAGCCUGGAAAUCAAAUGUUGGAUUUACUGUUGCGCUAGUAAAUCCAAGAAGAAUGAAACAUGCUAAAAUCAAUGAUAAAGCCUGGAAAUCAAAUGUUGGAUUUACUGUUGCGCUAGUAAAUCCAAGAAGAAUGAAACAUGCUAAAAUCAAUGAUAAAGCCUGGAAAUCAAAUGUUGGAUUUACUGUUGCGCUAGUAAAUCCAAGAAGAAUGAAACAUGCUAAAAUCAAUGAUAAAGCCUGGAAAUCAAAUGUUGGAUUUACUGUUGCGCUAGUAAAUCCAAGAAGAAUGAAACAUGCUAAAAUCAAUGAUAAAGCCUGGAAAUCAAAUGUUGGAUUUACUGUUGCGCUAGUAAAUCCAAGAAGAAUGAAACAUGCUAAAAUCAAUGAUAAAGCCUGGAAAUCAAAUGUUGGAUUUACUGUUGCGCUAGUAAAUCCAAGAAGAAUGAAACAUGCUAAAAUCAAUGAUAAAGCCUGGAAAUCAAAUGUUGGAUUUACUGUUGCGCUAGUAAAUCCAAGAAGAAUGAAACAUGCUAAAAUCAAUGAUAAAGCCUAG